GCUCUUCUUUUCUACUGCUUUUGUGACCGAGAGUGUGUUUAAUUUCGUAGUAUGCUUCUUUUGUUGUUGUUGCUGGUUGUCUGAUAUUCUCUGAUGUGCGUUGCUAUUGCUACUUCUGUUUCGUGCUGUGCUCUGUUUUUGCAGUGUUUUAAUACCCAAAAUGGCCGCUUAAGUCAUCGUCUCCUACGAAGGCUUUCAUUUUGAGAGAGGUAACAUCCACAUUUUAAGAGAGGAAAAACCACUAUGUCAUCGUCGACAACUACUAGUGGUGGCACAGCGACAACUAACAGUACUGGUUCAGCUGCACCCUCAGUAGGUCUUGUUGCAACUAAUUCAUCGCCUCCCGGCACUGCCAAUAGCAAUAUGUCUGCCACAAAUAAUUCAACAUCUAAUGCAGCCGUAGCUGGUGUUGCAGCGGCUGCUGCUGCCGCUGCUGCUGCAAUACGUGGUCGCAAUGGUAACACUUUACAGUCUGGUUCUUUGCCAGCUUCGGGUUCUGGUGGCACUGGCUCCACAAAUUCUGCGGUUGGUGGCGGCGGCGGUGGUUCAUCCUCAGGCCCUGCGGCUGCUGCCGCUACCACAAGUGAAGAAACGCGCAAGGAUCCCAAACCUAAUCCGAAAAUUUCUAAAGCCUUGGGCACUUCAGCUAAACGCAUACAAAAAGAGCUUGCCGAAAUCACUCUAGAUCCACCGCCAAAUUGUAGUGCCGGGCCCAAAGGUGAUAAUCUGUACGAGUGGGUGUCGACAAUUUUGGGACCACCCGGUUCGGUGUAUGAAGGUGGAGUAUUCUUUCUGGAUAUUCACUUUUCACCAGAGUAUCCAUUUAAACCUCCUAAAGUUACGUUCCGUACGCGUAUCUAUCAUUGUAACAUCAAUAGUCAAGGUGUUAUUUGCUUAGAUAUACUCAAGGAUAAUUGGUCUCCAGCAUUGACCAUAUCAAAGGUAUUGCUGUCAAUUUGUUCCCUGCUGACUGAUUGUAAUCCUGCCGAUCCUCUGGUAGGCAGUAUUGCCACACAAUAUUUACAAAAUCGGGAAGAACAUGACAGAAUUGCCAGACUGUGGACAAAGAGGUAUGCAACAUGAUUUACUCAAUUAAUAAAAUCAUCUAACGUAUGUUGUAGUCGUAAGGAGAACCUCAAAUAUUAUAACACCAUAAACUUAUUAAAAAAAACAAAAACAUUACAAAUAUUGAUAACUCACUGAAACAAAAGAAUUGCCCCUCCCCCCUCAACAAAAAAAUCAAGCAACCAACUACUAUAUAACUACAGCAACCACAGAAGAAAGCAGCAAGAACCAUAAGAGAAAUCUUUACAUAUUUCAAUAAAAUAUCUGAAUGAGUAAGAACGAGAAGAAAGAGUAAAAAUAAACGAAUUAAAAUUGCAAAUAGAAACGAAGAAAUUUAAAAAAAUAAAUAACAAAUGAUACGCAACACUGCAAAAAGAAAACUAUAAAUAUAUUAAGAGAUAACAAAUUAUUAAAACAAAAAAAAAAAAAUAAUAAUAAAAAAUAUAUAAUAACACAAACCAAGAAAAAAUUAUUUUUUUUUUUUUAAAUAUAAAAUGAAAGAAUAUAAAAAAGCCUAUGUUAAAAAACAAAGCCCUGAAAAAGGCUUUCAUUUUGGCUUUAUUUUAGGAACAAGAUUUUAAUUUUUAACAUUUUUCACAUAAUUUUUUUGAAACAUUUGAAAAGAACCUCAAUGCGUUGUAAAUUCGUUAAUCCAAGGCGACUUUGAGAGGCCUGACUAUAUGAUCCCUUGAGAUCAGAUAAAAAUUAAAAACAAAAAAUUAAUUUUUAUAUUUAGUUAUGUUUCUUUUUGUCUAAAAUCGUUAUGGCACCUUUCGAUGGAAAUGUCUCUUUAAAAAAAUUGUCUGUAUUUAUGUAUAUCUGUCUAUUUAUUUGUUUAAUUCUCUCAACAAAAAAUUUUUUUUUUGGUUUAACGCUAAACACACAAAAUAAGAACAUGGCUCACAAUUCAACCGAGAAUUCUCUAUGAAUAUUCCCCUCCUUUCUCCCCCCAUUGAAGGAAGCAGCAAAAUAGUUUUAGUUUAUGUACAGUUUUAAGUAAAAACAAAAAACUUAUAAUAAAAAUAAAACAAACUAAUAACCAAGCAAGUCCCCAAAAAAUAAAAAAAAAAACAUUAUCUCUUACGAAAAUGCAAAACAACCAUAAACUAUAUAUAUAUACGAGUACAUAAAUAUUAUAAUUCAUCAUAGCUUUUUUUUAUAUUGAUUAUUUAAAACGAAAUCUUUUCUUCCUUUGUCAAAAAAAAAACAUCCUCUAUAGUUUUGUAUGUUUGUUUCAUGAUUUUUUUUUUGUUUGCAAUCGACUUCUACUUUUUUUUAUUUUUACGCAUAUAUUUUAGCAUCUCUUCCUACGAUGUUUUAUGCUGCAUCAUCAACGAAGACUAGUUUGGAAAUGACAUUUUUUUUUAUAUAUAAAAACAAAAAAAAAAAACAAAAAUAUAUUUAUACACACAUUAAAAAAAAGUCUUUAUAUUUUUUUAAUUCAUUAAUUUUAAAACUUUAUUUUAGUAUGCUUUUGUUU